AUGUCUCAUCUGAAUCAGCCCAGCACUAUCGCACAGGACGAAAAGGAUAUCGAGAUCAAUCAUGUUGAAGCGGUCAACGACGCGCGACAUGCACUUGAUGACAAGUAUCUGAGUCAUGCUGAGGAUGACGCAGCAAGAAUCCUUCGGGAGAAUGGCCCAGUCGAAUACACUAUCGACGAAGACAAGAAAGUGCUUCGUAAAUUGGACAUAUGGGUUUGUAUACCGAUGUUCAUUGUGUACACCCUGGUUCACCUCGACAAGAGUGCUUUAUCCUACGCUGCAGUCUUCGAUCUGAAGACAGAAGCUCACUUGGUUGGCAAGCAAUACUCGUGGCUGGGGUCUGUUAUCUAUCUCAUGCAAUUGGUGGUCCAACCGAUCUCCGCUUAUGCGUUGGUCAAGCUACCCAUCGCCUGGUGGGUAGUGGGAAACGUUCUCUGCUGGGGUAUAUCCUUAUGCGCAAUGGCAGCUUGUCAUAAUUUUGCUGGUUUGUUGGCUACUCGUGCAUUGUUGGGAGCAUUCGAGGCUACGAUCAGUCCGUCAUUCAUUGCUAUGACACAGCUGUUCUGGCGAAGAAGAGAACAGACUUAUCGAAAUACAGCUUGGCUCAUGUCCAGCUCCGUCGCCGGUAUCAUUGGACCUAUCUUGACUUAUGCUAUUGGGCACGUCAAGUCUGGCAUUCAACCUUGGCAAGGUAUUUUCCUGUUUUUAGGUUGUAUCACCAUUGCAUUGUGUCCUCUCAUCUUCUGGAUGAUGCCGAACGACAUAGCAUCCGCCAAGUUCUUAACCCAAAAGGAAAAGGUUAUCGCUGUCGAGAGAUUGAGAGAUAAUAACACAGGUACUAAGACCUCUAAAUGGAAAUGGGAACAAUUCCGAGAAACUCUACUCGAUCCCAAAACUUGGGGAUGGGGACUAAUGCUCACUUGCAUGGCCAUCCCAAGCUCUGGCAUUGGCACAUUCGGCACAUUGAUCACUAAAGGCUUUGGUUUCAAUUCCUUCGAUACUAUCCUGUUCCAGAUCCCACCAAACGUUUUGACCCUGAUCUUCUUACUCGCGGGCACUUGGACGAUGAACAAGAUUAGAUUGAGAUUCCCUGUCGUUGCCUUCUUCGUACUCUUCCCAAUUGCUGGAGCCGCAUCUUUGCUUUAUGUUCCUCGAACCAAGCCUCAUGCCUUGUUAGGAUCUUACUAUGUUAUCAUGUUAUACACCCCACUUCAACCAUUGGUCUACUCAUGGGCCAACAUGAAUUCCGCUGGCACCACCAAGCAACGUACGUUAGGAGCCAUCCUGUUUAUAUUCCAAUGUGCGGGUAAUGUUGCAGGUCCUCAAGUCUAUCUCGAGGACGAAGCUCCGAUCUACAGGACAGGUCUAUAUACGGACAUGUCAUGCUGGGCUCUACUGUUCAUUUUGAUCUGCUCCAUGGCGGUGUACUUGAAAUACUUGAAUCGAAGACAAAGAAAGAAGAGAGAAAGAAUGGGUAGGAUGGUGGAUAUCCAGGACAUGUCAAUCAUGACACUGGAAGAGGCUGCCGCUUAUAAACGAGAACUCGCCGCUGCUGGCGAAGGACACGAUAUCAACGCUCACGCUUUCGAUGAUCUAACUGAUCUCCAAAACCCCGAAUUCCAUUACAUUUUAUAA